AUGCUGACAUUACCAUUAAACGAGCUUUGGACCCUUGGGAAGGAAGCGGCUGCGCUUGUUGAUGCCCAAGAACAGCCAUCACACAUUCUACCCAUGCUUAAACGAAUAUUGACAAAGGCAGAUGCGAUUCGUGAUUUUCUCGAGAUUUCAGCCACGGAUAUUGAUAUGCUGGAACAGUGUGGUACCGAUCUGUGGAACAAAGCAGUCAACACACAUUUCACGCCAUCGGCUGCAGCCUAUGAAGUGAUCGCCACUUUGCGUGAAAUUGGUUAUCGUAUGACGCGACCGGCUGUGGAGACCUUUACUUCUGCAUCAAGCGAAUUCUGGACUUGUCAACUAGAAAUGGCUAGUGCCCUUGGAAAAGCGUGGACGGAUUGCGGAAACCAUGAACGCGCUGAUGUAGCCUUUCAAGAUGCUGAGAAUUACGACAAUCAACUCGAAUCAACCAUCUCAUCCAAUACCAAGCCCCCAGGCGAGAGUGAUCUGGAAAAAGUAAUGUAUCAAGCAAGCUGUCGUUUGAAACUCUAUAUGUUUCGAGCAGAAUGGGAAAUUGUGCGUAAUGAAUGGCUACAAGCAAAAGAGCGACUUUCAAAAGCUGUGGCUCGUGCUGCAUUGAAUAUUACUACUGCCACCGAAUCAUCGUUAAGUUCGUCACUGCAGACUACGCUUAUCGAGAUAGUCCAAAGUACCGUCUCUACUUUUCCAAAACUUCGAGAGACCAAGGAGUACCAUAUGGCAAAAUUGGCAAUUUUAACAAAAGGCGAAUUGUUUCAGCAACAACAAGACAGCACGUCUACUAUUAUGCCGGAAAUAGCAUACUUUGAAGCAAUGGAGAAUUUCCCUCUCCAAGCAGAACCAUCACGGCUUUCCUACCUCGUCGCCGUGUCUCGGCUGGUGAUUCGUUUCCUUACUGUAGAAACCAUCGGCGAUGGACUUGAUGUGGUGCUGCAACGACGACGCGCCACCACACUCGAUGAAGAAGAACAAAAUGAUUACGAUGGCAGUGAUGAACAGAGCACCAUGCCGCCGACGAGACAUUUGUUCACUAUGGGAACGCUUUAUAUGACAAAACUUUAUCUACUCUCGGAAGCAGUGCAUCACAACCCUUCUACUUUGGAUGGUUGUGUUUCCAUCAUUGAACGACCGUUGAAAAAGACAAUCAAUGAUCUUUUCAUGGACAGACAGGCAAUCACACCGGCUGAUCUUACAGCAUGUCAAAUGAUCCUAUGGCGUACCGGUGAUGCGUUCUAUGAGAAUCGAGAUUAUAUCAGCGCUUUACAAUGGCAGCUGGCUCGGUGCUAUCUCAAGAUGGACGACAACAAAGCAGGAAACAAUCACUUACAAGAUGCGCUUGAAUGCCUCUCCGAAGCCAUGGAAGAUUGUUCGGAGCACUGCACGGCUGUUGACUACCUGCUCAAAGCUGAUAUAUUUCUUAGAACAGUACUACUACCACCACCACAAAACGACGACCAGCAAAAACAACAGCAGGAUCAUGCUCUGACACAAGUGAAAUUGUGUUUGGACAAGUUACAGAAAUCGAAUGGAUUCACGAUGGAUAUGCUUUUGGCGCUAGCAUCCACGGCUUUCAAGUCAUCAAAAAGAAACAAGUUGAUAUUGCAGCAAAUUGCUCAAGAGUUGGCGACGGUAUUGAUGAAAGAAGCCCGUAGUGAUUUUUCUACAAAGAACCGUUCUCAAGUUGUGACACAGGUGCUCCAGAUUUUACGGUGGAUUGUGUGCAACAGUAACUCCUUUGAACAAUUGGCCGUGCUUCAGAAUCGGAAUUUAGGACACGAGGUGGCGGAUAACAUUCAAGAGAUUGGCGAGACCAUCCAUCAGGCAUGCGAUUUAAUUUGCAAGACGUUGACAUCCGCAGAUAGUCUUUCGCCUGAGCUGCAACCAUUGUCCGAAUGGUUCAUUAGUGCCGCAUGGAAUUUGGGACUACAAUGUUGUGAACAUGCAAUGGAUUAUCGUGGUCGUCAAUUUUUACUGACAGCAUGCAAGCUUAUCCAAGUUACCGCAAGUGCUUCGACGACCCUUGAUGAGCGACAACGCGUCAGUUUGUUCAUGUGUAUCGUGGCAAGACAACUGUCGGGCAAUGGCCAAGUCACGGAUCACCAAGAAAUACUGUCGAUCGCACAAACGUUGGUCGCAGACAGAAGUGAUACGGCGUCCACCGGUGAGAGACAACAACAACAACCACUACUGCUAUCAAGCCAGCAACGUCGGCAGCAAAAGGAAGAAACAGCAUUUCAAGCAUUGUCUCAAGCGUAUCGCAACUUGGUCUUUGUGAACGGCUGGUCGAGUCUGUUCUUCAAAGCUCACACUGCUCGAAACAAGACGCGUUACAGGUGCUGCAGGCAAGUCAAGGCAACACUGUUGGAGAAAGAAUCAAAUAGCGGUGGUAGUAACAACAACACGUCAUCAGCUUGGACAUGGUCACGGUCGUUCGUGGAACGGUUCAGCAAAUGGACACGGCUGAUGGUAUCGACGGCCAUGGUGGUAGGCAAAGAGACGGGAUUCCAAUGCCUCGAAGAAACGUGCAGGCGUCUGAAACAUCAGCAGCAACAGCAGCGCGGGAACUCCAUGAGCUAUCCCGAAAGUGAGCUGUACUACUUGGUGGUCGUGUGCUGGAACGAGGGCAUCACAUGGUUCAACGCCAAUGAUAGUCACCGCGGCCGCGCGUGGUGCAAGCUGGCAUUUGAUUUGCUGCCCUUUUUCAGCAGCGCAAGUCAAAGGGAUAUGCUAAAAAGCAAGUUGGCCCAAGCCUAUGCCAAGUUGACAGGAGCAGCAAGAGCAGGAGGAGUUGCAUGA